AUGCGGUUCAAGGCUACGCUCCUAAAUGUCCUCCUUCUUAGCUUGCCCAUUGCUGUAUAUCAAGUCCGCAAAGAGUUCAACAGUGCCAAAUUUUUUUACGGGUUAUCUCUGACUCUAACGGAUAAUGCAUCUGACAAAACUGAUCUGCUAAAAGUCAGCGACGUCAAAAGUGUCUGGCCGGUUCGAGUUGUGCCUCGGCCAAAUCCCUUUGCUGCCGCUCCGCCAGCAUCACUAAGCAAUGGCACUCUGCCGCAUAUCAAGGGCAGUUCAGAUGUUAAUAGGCCACUCAAGAUGGCAAGUGUAGACAAAGUGCACAGCCAGGGGAUUAAAGGCAAAGGUGUAAAGAUCGGCAUCAUUGACACUGGAGUAGACUAUCUACACCCGUCUCUUGGUGGCGGAUUUGGGCCUGGUAUUAUUGGAAUGACUGAUGCCUCUAAUCAAGGAUUUGGCUUUGUUGGAGUAGCUCCUGAAGCAAUUAUUGGUAUGUACAGGGUUUUUGGAUGUGAGGGCGAUUCUGGUGACGAUGUUAUCAUGGCAACUAUGCAACAAGCAGCGGAAGAUGGCGUUCAUCUUAUCUCAAUGUCGCUCGGCAGCAUCACGUAUUGGGAAAAGGCAUCACCGUAUGUUCCGUUAGCCCAGAGUAUUGUGGAGAGUGUAUCGGCUCCAGGUUUGGCUCCAGAAGUUCUAGCAGUGGGAUCUGCAGAGAGCAAAAUUUAUCCAACCGUUUAUAAAGCAGAAAACAAUCUCGGCAGGACGUUGGAGUACAUCUCGGUCCUCCCCUUCAUCUCUGACAAGCCCAUCACCAUUUUCGAGGCUGGCAGCGGCCUAAACAUACCUAUCACGGAGGAACAGACUGGUGGGUGCGAUCCCAGCGUAUGGACAGCUGCACAGAGUGCCAUUACAGACGGAGCACAAAGCUGUUUUAAUUUACAAUACGCUCAACUGUUGGCAAUGAACGUGACAACUGUCAUAUACUACACCGAUGACCCGGACACUCCAAUUCUUUUAGCGGAAGCGGGGACAACGGAUCCAUUCAAUAUUCUCUUCCUCGGAUAUAACCAAUCGCAACAGGUUGUCAAGGACAUUGCUAGCCUUGGUUCUAGGCAAAAGUACACUCUAGUCUUCAAGUCUUCUAUGAUCCAAGAUUCACCCAAUCCAGCUGGUCACACCAUUGACUAUUUCUCCUCCAUUGGUCCGACUAUUGAAAUGACACAGAAACCCCAGCUCUCUUCCUCCGGAGGUAAUAUUCUCUCAACAUACCCGCUUUCAGCUGGAGGUUAUGCCGUAUUGUCAGGUACCUCAAUGGCUACGCCUUUCACUGCUGGACAGCCAGAACUCAGCAUUGCAGACAUCACUUCUCUUAUUCAGUCGACCGCAGUGCCCAUGAAAGCACAAAAUCUGAAUAUUAUUUCUUCCGUCACGCAACAAGGAGUUGCUGCUGAUUCUCAAAUUUCGCCGUCUCAACUGAGUUUGCUUGACUCGCCAAAGCCAGCAAAGCAUUCAAUCACUAUCAAAAAUACCUCCAGCAAAGCUAAGGUCUACUCCAUUUCUUGUUUGGGUGCUUCAUAUAUCCGGACUGUGACUAAUUUCACGGGAGGCCAUGAGGCAAAAUUCGCCGCCGCCCAAUUUUCCAAAUCGAAAUUAUCCUUGCAGCCAGGUCAGUCAACGACUGUAGAGGUUCAGUUUACAGCUCCUGAAGAACUUCACCCAGAAUCAGAGCCUAUUUACUCAGGCUAUGUUAAGAUUGCUACCAACAGCAGCAGCUAUGUUGUGCCGUACCUUGGUGUGCCGUAUACCAGAAAUGAUGUGGAUUACCUUGGACACAACACAACGGCAUGGGUAGGAAAUGAUAGACCAUUCGUAGGGCCGGAUGUAACGAAACCAGGCGAAAGCAACAUCGGAAAUUACAGCAUCUUGGGCCGCGAUGGCUCAGUACCGGCCGACCUCCUUGUGCCCAUCACUGGUUUUAUCGUCGUGCAGCCCACGAACUUGGUGCGCCUGGACGCUGUGCCUGUAAAUACCAGCUUUGUGCCAACAUUCUACGGCUUUGAUCCGUCUAUCAAAUCCGAUGUUACAGACGUAGAUCUGCCACUACUGGAGGGUUUUCUGGGCGUUCCAACCUAUGGGAUAUUAUCCGCGUGGGGUAUUGGCGACAUCCCCCCUGGAAUAGACCCCCGAACCCUUGUAGCUUGGCCCAAUCCGAACGUUUUGAGCGGCUUUAUCUUGGAAUGGCCGCUUUUUAUGUUCGAGAACGGCACAGAUUUUAACAUUACGUCGGGUCCUUUCCGGCCAUUGCUGCGCAUUUUGCGUUAUGGAAACAAUGGCACAAGCCCCGACGACCAUGAAUCGUGGCUGGGUCCUAUAAUCAAUGCGCACACGACAUAGAGGGGAUAUGGUCAUACUUUAGGGCGGCGCUACCUUCAC